AGUCGCGUUCGCGAGUAAAGAAAAAUAUCGAAUACAAGUUGAAUUUGGCUUAAAAAACGACUAUAAUAUUCAACGCAUAUUUGCAAUAUCGAGUGAGUGUAUAAAGAGUUGGCGCCCUUUUGCCCCGUUUUGCAAUUUGCCUGUGAAAACAACAACACUUGCCGUAACGUCAUCAUCGCCGCGGUGGCCGCCGCACUUCGCUGCUGUUGCUUUUCAAUUCGCUUGUCGUCGUCGCAGUCGCUGCCGCUUACUCGCCUCUCUCCGUCUCUGUCGCUCUUGCUCACUUGUUCAUUCUUUCUGCAGCCACCAAUUGUCAUGGUGUCGAAGAGGAAGCAGCAGCAAGCAUUAAAGCACAUUUUGCUUGAAUAAUUUUUGUACGCUGCAAUUUUCACAUGGUAAAUGUGCAGUGAACGGCAUUAAACUGGCAACAAUCAAAAGCUAAUAUAAUACGCUACAAAUUGAGAUCAAAACCAAGUGUGUGGCUUAACGAAAAGUGUGUGAAAAACGUGGCAGAAAAAACUAAAAAUCCAUAGCUCUCUGGCGGCCAUAGAAGAAACGAAACGACAAAAAAAAUGUGGUAGAUUGCAUGCUUUUACUUAUAUUAAACUGCUGAUGUGAAGAGAAUCCCUAGGUGCUAAUUUAGUUGAUAAGCGCAAACAAAAAGUACAAUAAAGAAAAAAACAACAAGAAAAUACACUCACACACACACACCGUAACCAAUACACACACAUCUGGCAACAAUUUCGAACUAGGUGGCAACAUUUUUAGCGGGCGCGCUUAAAAGUAUGCUACACAAAAUUACGGGCGAUCGCCGCGCUGCCAGGCCAACGUAGCAAAAAGCAAAAGACAUAAAAGAAACGACUAAACUGUAAACGAGAAGAAGAAGGAGGAGGAAGAGGAAGAGGAGAGAAGAGUAGAUAGAGAGCAGAGCGCUAGCAAAAUACUAUUUUUGUACAACUGCAGGCAGCGGCGACUGCGAAAUGUCGAAAUAUUUAACAACCACCGCCGCGCCCAACAGCCACAGCAAUAACAACAGCAGCACACAACGUCAACAGCAACUUUAUGGAGUUGGUGGCGGCAAUUCGCAGGUGGUACGAAAGCUCAGCUAUGAGCUGCUGGGCAACAACAACAACAAUAACAGCAGUCACAACAAUAACAAUAAUAAUAUUGUGAUCAAAAAUGAAAAGCUGCUGGACAUUGAUUACGAGCAACACGCUGGUGGCAACCACAACGAUAACAGCAACAACAGCGGCGUUGGCGUCGCUGCACACCUGCGAGAUCACGUCUACAUAAGUCUGAGCAAGGGCGCAACAACAACAUCCACAGUUAUUGCCGAAGCAACGAGCACACAUCAACAUCCACAACAGCAGCAACAGCAUCGCAGUGGCGGUGCAAGCAAAACAAAUGAUAUCACACAAUACUACAAGGUCAAGCGCCGGGCGCACGGAGUCACCCACGAGAUCCACCCGAAGAAACAGGCCAAACAAAGCGAUCAGCAUCAAACGGUCACCUACAACAGCAAACAGCAGCAACAGCGCUACCACCACCACCAACAGCAGCAGCAUCAGCAGCAGCAAUACGAAGUCGAACACGACGACGACGACGAUGAGACGACGACGAGCAAACCGGCCGGCAACGGAUCUUCUGCUCAUCACUCGCAUGCUCAGUUUGCGCGAACAGCGUCUCAGCAUCAGUCGACGGCGUCGCAGCAGCAGCAACAGCAUCAUCAUCAGCAACAGGCAUCGUUAGUCACAUCGUCGUCAUCGGCGGCAUCAACUGGAGGUGGAGGUGGUGGAGGAGGAGGCGGUGAUCGCAAUCGGGCAGACACCUCGUUGGGUAUAUUGACGAAAAAGUUUGUGGAUCUGCUGCAGGAGUCACCGGAUGGUGUUGUUGAUCUGAACGAUGCCUCGAAUCGUUUGUCCGUGCAGAAGCGACGCAUCUACGACAUUACGAAUGUGCUGGAGGGCAUUGGCAUCUUGGAGAAGAAGUCCAAGAACAACAUUCAAUGGCGCGGCGGUCAAUCGUUGGUCAGCAACGAGCGUUCCCGUCACCUCGAAGCGGAAAACGAGCGACUUGAGCAGCGUGAAAACGAGGUCAACACGCUUAUCGAUCAGAUGCGCAGCGAGCUGGCCGAUAUAUCGGGUGAGGUGGAGAACAUCAGUGGCAUGGCCUAUGUAACGCAGAAUGAUCUGCUCAAUGUGGAUCUGUUCAAAGAUCAGAUUGUGAUAGUGAUCAAGGCGCCGCCAGAGGCCAGACUUGGGUUCUCAGAUCCAAAGGAGCCGCGCGAGAUUUUCGUCAAGUCGGAGAAUGGCGAGGAGAUAAAUGUGUUUCUGUGCCACGACAACUCGCCAGAGAAUUCACCGAUUUCCCCUGGCUCUGGACCCGAUUCGGGUUAUGCGCCAUCUGGCUCAUUGGCGGGCAGCAGCGGCCUGCGGACGGCGACGUCGACGCGACUGCAACACCUGACCAAUCAGCGGCUCAACGAUCCGCUGUUCAAUAACAUUGAUGCCAUGAGCACCAAGGGUCUAGGCCAUACACCAUAUCGCGUAUCAGCCCAACGCAACCUCAGCAAAUCGAUUGAGGCGGCGGCCAAACAAUCCCAGCCUGAAUAUAAUAACAUUUGUGAUAUUGGCGGUGUCAAGUAUGAACUGACUUCGCCACAGCAGCAGCAACAGCAAUCGUCGACGAAUCAUGUCGCCGACGACGAUGACGAUGAUGAUGUUGACGAGGAGCUAAAUCAAUUGGUGCCCACGCUGACCAGUCCUGUGGUGCGUAGCAGCGGUCAUCAUCACCACCAGCAGCAGCACCAACAGCAACAUCAUCAUCAUCCCCAUCAGCAGCAUCAGCAGCCGAACACAAUUCAGCAGCUUUUCAGCAGUCUAACAAAAUCGCCCACGCCAACGACGACGACAACAACGACGACAAGGCGACGUGGCAACAACAACAAUACGCUUAAUAGUCAUAACAACAGCAGCAGCAACAAUUCCCAACCCCCCAACAGCAACAGCAGCUACAAUCAGCAACCGCAGCAACGACGCAGCGAUGUACCCAUGUAUAACUGUGCAAUGGAAGGAGCAACUGCGCCCUUUACUGUUAACAGCAACAGUAACAGCGGCAGCAAUCACAGCAACAACUCCUCGGCCAUGGGCUCGCUGCAGAUGCAGUUUGCAGCCGUCGCUGGCAAUGACAACAGCAACAACGGUGGCCUUGGCUUAACGGCAACAUAUGGCGACAUCUCUGGCGCUGGCGCCAAUGUUGCUCAUCAGCAGCAGCAGCAGCAACAACAGCAGCAGCAGGAAUACACGCAUCAUAGUCGCAACUAUCGCUUGUUGCCGCCAGGCGUUGCCGACUGCGACGCUGACAGCGACGGCAGCAAUGCUGCACUGCAAGGCCUCGAUGCACUGUUCAGUGAUAUCGACACGGACUACUUCAAUAACGAUGCAUUUGUGCCCAUCGUUCCACCGGAUGACAAUGAAUAUCCAUAUGCGCUUAACGCUAACGAGGGCAUCGAUCGUCUUUUUGAUUUUAGCUCCGAUGCCUUUGGGCCCUAAGAUCGAUCCGUUGAUCCUACAAAACACACACAAACAACAACAAAUCAACUGCGAAUUGGGGGAAUUUUUGGGGGUGUUUAUAAUUUUAAAUUAUAUACAAGGAAAGCAGCGCAUAUAACGUUAGAGAUGAUCUAUUAUUAUUAUUAUUAUUAUAUUAUUAAUAUUAUUAUUAUUACAAAUUAUCAAGUAAAGAAGCAGUUUAAAGAAAAUUCAACAAAAACAAAUUGUAGAAAACUUAAUGAAACUAAGUUGUGUGUAACAUUUUAAGCGUAAAAUCCAACCUACAUUUACAUUUAUAAUCCAAACGUAUUUUAAGUAAAAACAACAACAACAAAAAAAAAACAACUAAAAGAAAAAGAAAAACAAACAAAAAUGCCCUCACAAAAUGCAAAAACACAUUUUAUAAGCAAAUUUCAAUUUUUAGCCUUAACAAGAAAACGAAACAAAACUAAAACAGCAAACAUCAAUGCUGAAUACUUAAUGCAAAAAAGAAGCAAAUCGAUGAGAAACAUUCAAAGAUGCCUCAUACAAAAAUAUUUUGCGCCAGAACUGUCUGUAAAUUAGAACACUCACACACACACACAUACACCCAAAAACACACACCCACAAAAAACAAAAGAAAAAACAUAAUUUUUAAUUAGUAAAACAAAAUAGUUAUUAAACUAAAUAUUAUAUGAAAAUAAAACAACUAAAAAAAAAAACAAAACAAAAAA